UCAGGUUUUUGUCCUCAGAUGGAAGGAUGAAAUAGUAUAAAUGUACUUAUUAAAAUAGCGUGCAGAACUCAUCACAAGCAUAUGAAAAUGAAGUGAAAAUGCAGCUAUUGUGAUUGGACAGUGAAAUAUUCUAUGCGUUUUUCUUGACCCCCGUUUCACACGGGCUAUUUUGGCACCGGGUUUCUGGGUCUAGUCCUACAAAGUUGGACCUAACCCUGCUCCGGAGCAAGGCCAGGUAGCCCUGGGCUAAGGUUGGUGCUAGAAUGUGCAAGUGUGAAGACUUGCAUAGCCCUAGGCUAAAAUCUCAAUAAACCCAGGGAUAAGGAGACUCGUGCAGUGUGAACACUGCAUGUGGAUGAAUAUGGGUCCCGAUUUCCAACUGUCUUUACAAGCUAUGUUAUAGGGUUAGGGUACUGACUGUAUAUUUCACAGGGAGGGUGCAGAGUCACCUACAUCCAGCUGUGUGUCAAUGAGGAGUGACCGCUCAAUGGAUCCACCGAUAAACUACAAGAGAGAGUUUAUUCCCAAUCGCAGGGAGGGAGCAGACUCACCUACACCCAGCUAUCUGUCAAUGAAGAGUGACCAGUCAAUGGGUCCAUCUUCAAGGAUGAUGACAUCAGACACAACACAACUGUCCAUUGGUGGAGUGCAUGCAACAAUGCAUACUGAACAUCAUGGCAUGAACAGAGUCAGCAACCUCAGAGAAUUCCCACAGAGAAUCGAAGACUGGACGAAGGAGCAUGUGAAAGAGUGGCUAAUUAGUAGCCUCAAACUCCCUGAGGUCGCAACAAAACUUUAUGAACAGGACGUGUCAGGAGCUAGCCUGGUUUGCAUUGAGAAACAGGACUUGACUGAUUUCGGUGUUAAGUUUGGGCCUGCGAUUCAAAUCAUAAAAAAUGUAGAGAUACUGAGAAACGACUUGGAGAGUGUAGGGAGAAGCAUGAGAUCCCCUGAGAGUGAUCCCUUCAGAAGACAGGAGAGAUUUAGAUUUAAAGCCAUACCAGAAGCUAGGAUGGGGUCACAUGAGGAAACUCUGGAUUCUGACAGUGUGAAAUCGGAGUCGGUGGCUCCAAGUCUAAGCUCAUCAUGGACAUCAGUGGAAGAACUGAGACAUUCUGGUUCAGAUGUUGCAUCCCCCAUUCUACUGCCAAUGGUAGAGUCGGAAUCCAUUCCAGCUUAUGGAAAUAUGGAGGACAAUACGAAACAAAGUGAGACGUCCAUCUCAUCAUUUGACCACUUAAGAGAAACUGCUCCAAAUCUGGAGAAGAGAAUAUGUCCCCCACGUCCCUUUGACCAAAACGACCUAUCGUUCACAUACAUACAAAAUGAUACCCUCCCCCCUGAAUCCGGUCCAAGCAAUCUCAUUGACCCGGUACAUGAGUACAAGCUCCUGCCAAGCACAGAGGAAGCCAGUGAGAUAGAUAUUCUGGAAAAGUUCAGCAAUGAAGUGUUUCGUUUUUCCGCAGCCUGCAUGAACUCUCGCACCAAUGGGACCAUUCAUUUUGGGGUGACAGGCGGGCACGGACACAUGCAUGGACAGGUGAUUGGGCAAAACCUGCCAUCAUUCAAUAUGUAUACAGACAGGUUUGACAUGCAUCUCAAGGAACACUUUGGAGAAGAAACAAAUAUCGCAAGAGCAUGCAUCAGACCUCCAAAAUUCUUUCAGGUUCAACGUCUAGAUGGUGCGACUUCAGACAAGUGGGUGAUAGAAGUUGAUGUUGUCCCAAGUUAUUCACAGACUCAAGAGAAGCUUUUCUAUACCUCAAUAAUAUCUGAACAAAAUGGAGAAGAAUACAAAACUGAAUGUCUAUUUAUUCGACAAGGUCCAAAGAGCAUCAACAUUCUUGCAAACAAUAAUCCCAGAAGUCUACAGGAGAAGAUGAGAGGUUUGACAGAGGAAGUCAAAUGUUGGUCAUCAGCACGUAAGUCAAAAGAGGAGAGCAACUGUCAGCAGAUAACCCAAAACCAAAACCACCAAGGUCAGAGGCUAAAACAAUUGAUAACUCAUGGGAGAGACACACUUGAAAGCUCAUUGCAAGUUAUAGUUGUCACAAACAAGUGCCACCCCAGUCUUCAUGAACAUUUGGGGUUUUUGAAGGAGAUGAAGUUGUUUGCAGUGCUGGAGUUUGACCCAGAAUCUGACAUGAACGGGACAUGCAGUUUCUACAGAACAGAUCGCAUAGCGAAUCUUCAUUACCCUCGAAUGUACAAUACUAAUGACAAUGUCUCCACUGUUAUCGGAAAGCUGAACUUGUUUAAGCAGACAAGCUGGGUCUUUUGUAAUGGUCGAGCAAAUGAGGUCAGUGAAGCAGACAGACCUUUCAGUACCAGUGAAUGGCUGAAGAAACGUGCUGGAGAAAUCAGCGAUAUGGUUUCAUUUCUCUGCAAUCCAGACGUCUUGUCGAAAGACAGAUUACUUGUGGUGUUCAUGCUUCACUCAGGAGUCACUGACAUCUCAAGCCCUAUACUUGAGGCCUUUUGUGCCAUCUAUCGCACUCUUGAGGGUGAGGAUAAUAUGCUCUGCAUAUGCAAAGAUUCAAAUGUAUUCAGUCAAUGGAGAGACAUGAUAAACACUCGCUGCAAAGUGGAUAUUACUAGUAAAUGUAUCUACGAAUUGAGCCUGACUGAAAUCGACUGCACCAUCAGGAAAAUCAAAGAACCCCAGACACGGUCCUCUAGGAGAUAUCUGCCAUCUUCUGGCUCCAGUUCAGUCCUCCUGACACAAAAAGACGAAGAGCUGAUGACCGUACUUGAUAUACUGAGUGAAAAUGAAUGUGAGAACACUGAAAUUGAAACCAAAGACACUUUUGAGGAAUUCAAGACCAACACGGAGGAGGACUUUUACAGAGGCGGACAAGUGACUUGGUGGAACUUCUACUUGUCCGAGAGGCCAGGUUGUCUGCCAUUCAUCAAACGUGACAAGUAUGAGGAUCUUCACAACCUGAUCACACCUACAGAGGGGUACACAUCACCAUGCAUAAUAAUAAACCUCUUCCAUCAUCCAGGAUGUGGUGGAACAACACUGGCCAUGCACGUUUUGUGGAACUUGAGAUGUAAAUUCAGAUGUGCUGUUCUGAAAAACACCACAGCACAGAACAGUGAGAUCGCAGUCCAAGUCACACACCUGCUGACCUGUGGCAAAGAGAAGCAGUUGAGUUAUUCUCCUGUUCUACUCUUGGUGGACAACUGGGAGGACGUUGAAGACCUACAGAGAUGCAUACUAAGUGCAGCCAACGAGAAGAAGAAACCUGACACUCUGAUGGUCAUCAUACUGAACUGUGAGAGAUCCCAGAUUCCAGCAGAGAGCUCCAGAAACAGCCGACUUGACAAUGUGUUCAUGAUCAACAAGCUCUCCACCAAAGAGCAGAGCUUCUUUGAGGUGAAACUGAAAGAGCUCAAAGGUCACCAUCAAAAACCUGAAACGUUCUACGCCUUCAUGAUCAUGACAAACAAUUUCAGUGAGAAGUACAUCAAGAAUCUGGUGUGCAACACCCUGAAAGACCUUGACACCUCCAGAAAAGAAGGACAGCUAUUUUCACUCUUAGCUUUGCUAAAUACAUAUGUGAACGGCUCCUACAUGGCCCUGUCCCUAUGUGAGGAUUUUGUGGGGAUUAGGAAUGCUCUGUGGGGAAAAGAGACACUUGAGGACAAAAUGAACCCAUACUCCACGCUACUGAUGCGCUUCGACAUUGAAGAGCACGGCACUUAUCAGGCAGUUCGGUUUCUACACCAAAUGAUUGCAAGUAAUUGCCUCAAAGUCCUCACCGGAAAGCACAAGCUUCAACUGGGGAAAUAACAACCAGUCUGUUACACUGUGACUUGCUGUACAAAUCUGGCAUGGGUAAGGACAUCCUGGUUCAAAACAUCCAAAGUAUGCUGAUCACGCGGCAACGAAAGGAACUUGGACAUGACAAAGAUACACUCUUCUCUCCUUUGAUUGAAGACAUACAGACGGAUGAG